AUGGUUUAAUAGCGUGUUUGUUUUGUGUUACAAGUGCCUAUGAUGACUCAUUAUAGUGUUUUUGCAUAACAAUCGAUAUAAUAAAUUUAGGUUAAGAUCUGAUAUUGUAUUCGGAACAAUACAGCAUUUAACUGGAUUUAGAAAAUCUCCAGUGGAUUAUAUUUCCAUCCCACGCAAGUUACAAUGGAUCAGAAGACCGAAACAAUCAUUUGCAUGCCUUAAAACGUUUUUUUAUGUAGAUUUUUUACGAAUCUCCUAGGACAUUAAGUGUAGUUGGACAUGUGUGUUUUUAUAGUGUGAGUGUCAGUGGUAACAAUGUCGGACGACGAGGACUCGUCCCCAGACCGGGAUUUGGGCCCUACGAAUAAUGUGCCAGUGCUCGGGAUCAAACGGCUGAAGCAAAUAGAGUCUAUGUUCACAUCGCGCCGUAUAGAGACAGGAUGCGCUCGCGGCCUCAGCGUGGAGACCCUCAUAGACAUGCUGCUGGUGCUGUAUGACGAGUGCUGUAACAGCAGUCUGCGGAGGGAGAAGACGGUGGCAGACUUCAUACAGUUCGUGAAACCGGUAGCGACCGCCCUGAAGCGGUUGCGUCUCUCCCGCGACGACUUCGAGCUGGUGAAGGUGAUAGGCCGCGGCGCCUUCGGCGAGGUGUGCGUGGUGCGGGCUUCCUUCAUGCAGGGUUCCGAAGGUGGUGUGAACAUGUCUUCGCCCGGCGUCUCCACGGCCGGGGAGCGAGUGUACGCAAUGAAGAUACUCAACAAGUGGGAGAUGCUCAAGAGAGCUGAGACGGCGUGUUUUCAAGAGGAACGUGACGUGCUGGUCUUCGGCGAUCGAAGGUGGAUCACAAAUCUGCACUACGCCUUCCAGGAUGAACACAAUCUGUACCUGGUGAUGGACUAUUACUGCGGCGGAGACCUCCUGACCCUCCUGUCGAAGUUCGAGGACCGCCUGCCGGAGGACAUGGCCAAGUUCUACAUCGCCGAGAUGGUGCUGGCCAUACAGAGCGUCCACGAGUUGCAGUAUGUGCACAGGGACAUCAAACCUGACAACGUGUUGCUAGAUGCGAGUGGACACAUCAGAUUGGCCGAUUUCGGUUCCUGUUUGAGACUCGGCGAAGAUGGGAAGGUACAAAGCAACGUAGCGGUGGGCACUCCGGACUACAUCUCCCCGGAAAUCCUGCGCGCCAUGGAAGACGGUCAAGGGAGAUACGGGCCGGAGUGCGAUUGGUGGUCGCUGGGCGUAUGCAUGUACGAAAUGUUAUUCGGCGAGACGCCAUUCUACGCGGAAUCCCUUGUAGAGACUUACGGGAAGAUCAUGAAUCACGCCAGGUCAUUCCACUGCCCGCCGCCGGACGAGCAAACUGCCCAGGUAUCUGAAGAAGCGAAAGAUCUAAUUCGACGGUUGAUAUGCGCGUCGGAAAACAGACUGGGGAAGAACGGACUCCAAGAUUUUAAGGCUCACCCCUGGUUCGCCGGCCUGGAUUGGGACAACCUUCGAGAGAUGCAGGCUCCGUUCGUUCCAGACGUCUCGAGUCCAACGGAUACUUCAAAUUUUGAUGUUGAUGACACUGAUAUCAGGCUGUCGCAGGCGGUGCCGCCGCCGCCGCCGUCGCCGGCGUUCUCGGCGCUGCACCUGCCGUUCGUGGGGUUCACGUUCACGGCGGGCAGCCGCCUGGCCGACCGCGGCGCGCGCGCAGCCCCGCUCAGCCCCGCCAAGAACGCGCCCAGGCAGGCGCCGUCUAAUUGCGGAGACCGAGCUGCUUUGAAGGCGUUGGAACGGGAGAAUGCGUUGUUGGCGCAGACCAUCGCCGAACUGAGGGCGGGGGAAGCUAUAGAAGACCAUCACCAAUUGAGAGAUGAAAUGGCCGCCUUAACAAAGAGGAACGCUGAAUUGGAGGCGCAGAUACGGUGUUACGAGCAGCUCAGUAGUGGAAAUGUUACCGAUGGCUCAACACCGUUCCAGCCGACGGACGUGAGCUCUCGCCUGCGCGAAUUAGAGGCUCUGCUCGCCUCGUUAACGGCGGAGAAGGAGGAGUUGGCCAAAGAUAGGAUGGACACUGUGGAGAAAUUGAUGCUACAGGACAAAGAAUUGAAAGACGCCCUGUCUCAGCGGAAAUUGGCGAUGGCGGAAUAUAACGAAGUGUCCGACAAACUCUCCGAGCUGCGGCAGCAGAAGCAGAAACUGUCGCGACAGGUACGCGACAAAGAGGAAGAAUUAGAAGUUGCCAUGCAGAAGAUUGACGCGCUGCGACAGGACAUCAGGAGAGCUGAUAAAGGGAGAAGGGAGAUGGAGGCGCGAUUGGAAACCGCCAUUAAUGAGGCCACUAAGGAGCGGAAGUUGCGCGAGGAAACGUUGCGGUCUCAGCGCGUGGAGGGCGCGGCGGGCGGCGACGUGGCGCGGCUGCAGCACGAGCUGGACACGCUCGAGGCGCAGUACAAAGAAUCUUUGGCACAACAGCAAGCGCGAUAUAACUCUGAGUUGUCAUCGCUCAGGGAUCAGCUGCAGGAGGGCGACGCCAUGCGCAGUGUGCUCAACAGGGAGCUGCAAACUUCCAAAGAGAAGCUGGAGAGCCGCCGCAUGGAACAGUUGACUGACAGCGAAGACAGACAGACGCUGAUAAACGAGAACAGGAAGCUGGCCAAAGACCUGGACGCUAUGGCCGAAAACGGUAGGCGUUGGCAAUCCGAACGUCGCCAGAUGGAGAUGGAACUGGAAGAGCUGAGAGCCAAGAGGGACUCUAUGCAGCAUUGGGAGACUCAGAUCGCAGAAAUCAUCCGAUGGGUGGCGGACGAGAAGGAAGCACGUGGCUACUUGCAAGCGCUCGCUACCAAGAUGACCGAGGAGUUGGAGUAUUUGAAACACGCGAGCGGCGCGCGCGGCGCGGCGGCCGUGCCCCCGGCGGCGGGCGCGGGCUCCGCCCCCGGCGCCGGCUGGCGGAACCGCCGCUCGCAGAAGCUGGACAAGAUGGAGAUCCUCACCUUGCAGUCCUCGCUGCACUCGGAGAUCCAGGCCAAGCAGCAGGUCGGCGAGGAGCUGAGUCGCACCAGAGCUGAACUGCUGCACAGUCAGAGGGAGCUGCUGGAGACCCGUCAGAGACUCGAUGCGCUCGCGCACGACAUGAAGCGCAAGGAGCAGCACAUCCGCGACAUGCAGGCGCGGCUCGACGCGCCGCACCAGCCCUCCAACUCCUUUCUGGACGUGCCGCCAUCUCAGAUGAGUUACCUGGACGAAUUCUUGAAGGACGCGCCGUCCGAGCGACAUUACGACAAUGUGCCGUCGGUCAACAAUGAGCAAACGAUGUCGCCGGCCUACCGUUACAGGAACACGCAGUUUUGUUGCAAUGCCAAGUUGAUGUACGGCUCGCAACAGUCGGCCGCCCUCAGCGGCUCCCUGGAGUCCCAAGACGAGCUGGAGCAGAGAGCUGCCUCGCCCGCCUCCAGCAAGAGUUCUCCCAGCGAAAUGUCCACCGAUCCGUCUCUCGGCCCGACCAUACCGGGCAAGCAGAAACUGCAUCAGUUCCUAGUCAGAACAUUCAGUAGCCCGACCAAAUGUAACCACUGCACGUCGCUCAUGAUCGGGCUGACGCGGCAGGGCGUGGUGUGCGAGACGUGCGGGCUGUGCGUGCACACGCGGUGCUGCGCGCGCGUGGCGGCGCGCUGCCCGCUGCCCGCCGGCCGCGAGCGCCGCCCGCUCGGCAUCGACCCCGCCCGCGGCCAGGGCACCGCCUACGAGGGGUACGUCAAGGUGCCGAAACCGGGCGGCGUGAAGAAAGGCUGGAUGAGACAGUUCGUGGUCGUUUGCGACUUUAAAUUGUUCCUCUACGAUAUAUCACAGGACAGGAAUGCGUUGCCAUCAGUUUGUGUGAGUCAAGUGCUGGACAUGAGGGACCCUGAAUUCAGCGUGACGUCGGUCAAAGACUCUGACGUCAUACACGCCAGCAAACGGGACAUACCGUGUAUAUUUAGGAUAUCGACAUCGCAACUAGAAGGCGGCAAGAGGUCUCACACUCUGAUGCUGGCCGAGUCGGAGUCCGAGAAGACUAAGUGGGUGGUAGCUCUCAGCGAGUUGCAUAGGAUACUGAAGAGGAACAAUCUGCCUGAUAAAUGUGUGUACAGCGCGUGCGUGCUGAUCUCGGGGUCGGGCGCGGCGCCGGCGGCGGUGCGCGGCGCGAGCUGCGCGUGCGUGGUGGAGCGCGCGCGCGCCGUGCUGGGCGGCGACGCGGGGCUGGCGCUCGUGGACCUGGAGCGCGCCGAGCUCACGCCGCGCCGCGCGCACGCGCCCGUCGCCAAGAUGCUGUAUGUUGCGCAGGAGCAGCUGCUGGUCGUUAUCGCCGGCCGCGGUCGUCACGUCCGAUUAGUUCCUAUCCGGGCUCUGGAAUGUUCUGAGGUGGAAUGUGUGAAGCUGGCGGAAUCCAAGGGCGCAGUGGACAUAGCUGUGGGUCAAUUACACGCUCAAGCGUAUGGAUUUGCUGUUGUUUGUAAGAGACAGAACGCGUACAUCGUGAACGUGUACGAGAUCACGCGCACGGCGGCGCGGCGCUGCCGCGUGGCGGAGCUGCGCGCGCCGGGCGCCGUGCACAGCGUGCAGCUGGCGCGCGCGCGCCUCGUGCUGGGCUACGCGGGCGGCUUCGCGGCGCACGCGCUGCCCGACCCGCGCCGCCCCGCCGCCGACCAGCCCGCCAGGGCUCUAGUCCACCCGGAGAACCAGGUGAACCUGUUCCUGUCUCACUCGAACGCGAAGCCUCUCGCUUGCGCGCCCGUUCCCAACUCGAGCGACACGCUGUUGGUGUUCAACACGCUCGCUCUGUACGUGGACAGGAACGGACAUCGGGCGCGGGACACGGAGCUGAUGUAUACGGCCAAACCGCUUUAUCAUGCUCUGAACGAGACGCACCUGUUAAUUUUCACGGCGACUCACAUCGACAUUUACGAGAUUGAAUCCGGGGAAUGGGUGCAAACAUUAAAUAUACCAAACGCUCGGCCGCUAGACGAGAACGGUUGGAUAAUAUCAGUGACGGGUGUUAGCAACAACGGGUUCCCAUUCUCCGGCGACGCCGCGCCCGCCAUAGUGUGUCUGAGGCCGGUCACGGGCCAGGGUCCACUGUCCGUGGAACACGUGUCGCUAUGGGGUAGCGGCAAACGAAGAUUUUCAGUACGGGAGCAGUCGCAUCAAGCUAUUGAGGCUCACAAUAGAUUAUCGGAGCGACGAUCCCGCCUCAUCUCAGCGCCCAGUAACUUCGCCCACCUCUCCCACAUGGGCCCGGGGGACGGAAUACGCUCGCAGAGGUUGUUAGAUCUGCCUACCACCGUGGAGACUGCCGAUGAUGCUAAUGUGCAAAUGUACAGCAGCAGAGAGAGCAGUAAGCGGACAUCGCCUCUCACGAUAUCGCACGGCACCGGCUCUUAUAAUGGUUCAUGGCGCGGCCGAGGUCGGGAGGAGGCGCCACCGUCGCCGCAUCAUCAUCGCCCCAUGGAGAGGUCGAUAGGCGGCGGUUCGCAGGGCAGCGGCUCCCUGCUGGAGCGCUCCAUCACGCCGCUCAGCCUCGGCAGCAUGAGCUCCCUUACGCACGACGUGCUCAAGGUGGGUACGGAGAUGGGGGAGGCGUUGCACAGCGAAGACAGCAGUUGCGGGGCUUCCCCGCCACAUCCGCUGGAUCCCUGAUGAAAUCAACUGAACACAUACUGGACACUAGACGUGUCCCGUUUCUACGCUUGCUUCUGUUGAUUUGCUGCGCGACUUUGUACCUUAACGUCGUACGAUUAAGGCUACCUUUGACCUUUACGUCGAACGAUAAAGGCUGCCUUUGCCUUUAACAUUAUACGAUAAAGGCUACCUUAAUAUUGUACGAUAAAGGCUACCUUAAAAUGGCACGAUAGGAUAAGGCUGGAGUCGCACUCCGCGAGGGUUUGGUUCCUAAGAUGUUUGUUUCUGCUAUUAAAAAAAAAACUUAUAUUCGAGUGCAAAAAUCCAUAUGGAACUUUAGGAAACAUUUGCUAUGAAAAUGUAUGGACAUUUGUACGUGGUUGUACCUCCCACAAGAUAAUAAUGGUGGUAACUAUGUGACUUUCAGGUCAAUUAGAAGAUUGGUUUGGACUGUGUUGUUGGGAAAUUAGAUUUUAAGAUUAAAUUACAGGUACGCGUGAACAUGAUUGAAAUCGGUUCAGUAGUUUUUGAGUUUUUAUGACAUACAUGGCGAAACGAGAUUCUUAUACUUACAAAUAGAUAAUGAAAAAUAUUUUUUUUUUUACAUAUUGUUUCGUAUAACAUUUUUAUGCAUAAAAAUAUUUUUCGUUAAAAUGGAAAGUAUAUUUUAGUAUUUCUUAAAUUUAUAUAUCUCUCCAUUUCUCGCUUCAUGAGGCUAAUCUUAAUUUAUUUAAAUUCAGGGAAACUCAUAAAAGUAUUUAAAUUGAGUCACGUUAAAAAUGUUUUUAAACAAGAGGCUAAUUGUAGACAAAAAUGUUGAAAUCGUAAUUUGUUUUUAUUUGUAUUAAAAAGUGAUUUAGUUUCUCAGCAACACAGUCAUAUGAAUAACAAAAUAAAUAAAUAUAAUAGAUGUAAUGUAUUAACCAAAUUUCGUAUUUAUUUCGCUUUAAAUAUGUCGCACUGAAUGUAUUAUACCCGGGACGCCUGUUCACCGCCGAUGUUUUUGUAUCAUAUUUUUUUUGAUAAGUUUUGACAAAAGGCGUCCAUAUCGUGUUUAAGAUUUGUAAACUUUCGAUGAACGGAGGUUUUACCGCAAAUUUGUUUUUUUUUUUGUUUUUAUCUGUGGUAUAUACCGUUUAGACUUAAAGGACAGGCGCUUGUAAAAAUAAACUGGCUUUAUCGCGAAAUUUAAUAAAAAUGUAUUCAGCUGUUAAGCCAUUACAGAUACCAGUAGAUAAGAAUUUUUAAUUUAUAAAUUAUGUUCUUAAGCAUGAAUUCAUUAGUAACUUGUUGGUUAUUUUACUUUUUGUGGUACAACCUCCUUUCACACGGGUCUAUUAUUGGGUCCCAUAAAUUUUGAUGGCACAAUUUCAAGACAGCCUUUAAUAUUUACGCAUAAUCAUUAUUUAGCAUCAUGAUUAUAUGUUCACAGUUCACACAUCUUUUCGUAUAAUAUAUGAAAAAUUAUACAAAACGAUGUGUGCUUUGUUUGUUGAACUUUGAUUUAUGCCAAUAAAAUUUAUGUCUCCUUAAUAUAGAUCAUUUCCAGUCACUAAUACUGCCAUGCUAGCGUGAACAUUAAAAAUCUUUAUUCCUUUUAAACACUGCCAUUGUAUUAAAGUGGACAUUCUUCCAGUAUGAAUUUGGAUUAACGAGAAUUUCGGAGUUAGUCAACAAAAUACUCGGAGGUUCCAGAAUCUUCCUCCUGGCUUUAGUCCCGGUUGCGUUCUCACCUCUCCGGAGAGGAGCCCGGGGUUGACCACGAUCCUGUAAGAAUCUCAGUGGUUAUAGAAAUAAACGAACGAUUUUUACUAUAGAUUGUUACUCAUAAUAGUUUUAUACCAAAAAGUUAUGCGUAGUAAUUAAUCGUUUGAAUAGUGUCGAGUUUUGUGCGAAUCGAUUCCGAAAUAAUAAAAAUUUUUAUGGUGACACUCAAAUUUAUUCGUACUUCAAUGUGGAUUUUUUAAUUCUCACUUAAGAAGUUAUAUGACAAUCGAACUGACACGUAACUGCAUAAAUCGAAAAUAUAUUUGGAGAAUUUAUGAAAUAAAAAGUCCAAUUUAUACCUAGAAUUUUAGUCUGUAAUAGUUUAAGUCGCCGAACUUCCCCUCGGACUCGCUAGAAAUGGUUUAAUGUUUACGCUAGACGAAAUAAACUUGUUAACAAAGCUAGAUUAAUUGAUAUUGUAUAACUUAAAAGUGGAUACUUAGUCAAGAGUAUUAACCAUUUGAGAGAGAGAGCACAGAUUCUUCAGAAUAAUACUAUAAAUGUUACCGGUGAAUGCUCCUGCAAAAUGAGUAACUUUAAUUUGAGCGGUAUAAAAAUCUCACCCAACGGGUAAGUUGUGAAAAACAAACUGACAGGCCUUCACAUAAUAUUUAAUAUUAAUAUUUUUUAAACAUAAUUAAGCCAAUAUAAUACAAUACGAAUUAACUUUAUUGACCAUAAAAAUAUAUAUGUAUAUGAAUAUGUUGAGCAAAGGCGGACUUAUCGCUGAGCAAAUCUCUUCCAGCCAACCUUUAGGUAAUGAAAGGUAAAUAUAUUUAAUUUCCUUAAAAACAUUAAUUCCCUAUUUAUUUAUAUUGGAAAACUUGUCAGCUUAUUUUCAAAAUGAAAUUUUGACACACAGAGUAUUGUACACGCGAAAAGCUAUCGCUGUCCCGCUUCAAGUCGUCACAAAAAGCGAAACAGCGAUAGCUUUGCUCGCGAUAAAAAUGUGAAAGAUUACAAAAACAGCAUCUGCUAAAUCAAGUAUUCAUAACUCUCAAGGUUCUGUGCUCGACUCGAAAUAUUGUAAAGUUUAAAUUCUAUAGUUUUUUUUAUUACAUAACAACUAACCCAUCGCAAUUUCGGCAAUAUUUCUUUUUAUGAUUUUUUUUUUAAAUAAAUACGAUAUAAAAUUGAAUCUAAUUUUUUAAAAGAAAAUAUUCAUUUUCACUAAGUCAAGUCAUGAGGAAUUGAUUAAUCAAUAAAAAAUAUAUUUAUUUAAAUGAGAAUACUAUUUAGUUUGUUUUUUAAGAUCAAUUAAUAUCAAUGGGUCCACACAAUAUUAUAACUAAAUUAAGAAAUAUUAUGAGUUACAAUUUUUAUGCAUUCCGACCUCAAAUAUUUUAUUUCUAACAUAAAAUUUAAAUUGAUUUUCUGACUCAUGAAUUGACUCAGUGCAUCGGUUCCGUUAAUCUCAUUUUGUAUGUGAUUGUAUAAUUUUAACGUUAAGAAAGUUAAGUAUAAUUUUUAUUUUUAACAAUCUAGUCUUUUUGUUUAUAUUGUAGCGAUGUAUUAUUAUGUAUAAUUUUAUUCUUCAUUAUUUUUAAGCGUAAAAUAGUUUCAUCAAAUAUAUGAAAUAUAAAACUGAGAUUUUUAGAUUUUAAUUAUUAUAAAUAUGAUUUCAAUGUGCAGUUUGGAAUUAUUUUGUAGUAAUUUUUUUUAUUAAUAUUUUCUCUGGACAUGGAGGUUUUAUUGCGUAUUGACAUGGCAACACUAGUAAUGUAAUACAGUCGACUGCAAAAGUCUUAAAACUAAACUGUUAUUAUAAAAGGAUUUUUGCACUGGACCGUACCUGAAAUUAAAUUUUUUUUAAUACUUUCCAACGCCAAAAAAUCUCAAAGAUAAUUCUAAUAGAAAAUGCUUGAACAUAUCCAAAGAAUUGAGAAUAAAUUCAAGGAGAUGACUGAAAUGUAAUCAGUAGAUAAAUAAGCGUUUAAAAAUUUAAUUAAAAUAAAGAACUGAUUUAAUUAUCGUGUGGCUUAUUCAUGUAUUUUUUAAACGGCAUGAUUUAAUACUUUUGGUAAGAUUUUUUUCAAUUAAUUAAACACCUUUUUAUGUGUUGAUUGAGGUUUGGUUUGGUUCUUAAAAUUCAUAUCAUGAUGUAUUUUUAGAAAAAAUGAUUUUAUAUUCUUCAACUAGAAAGGGUUUCGAGUGAUCCAAUGAAGAAGUAAUGGUUUUGAAAUCCUGGUUAAUUUAUACUUAUAUCUAAUUGAAUCUCCGUUAAUCGAUAAAUUGUGAUCUUCCAUCACUGUUACCAUUAUCAAUUUUUAUUGAACACAAUAUAACAAAACAUUCCGUAAGAGAACAAUGAAAAUUUACCCAAAAACCAAGCAUUUAUUACCCUGUUAAUAAAACAAUGUUAAUUUUACCUUUAAACCUUCCUUUCGUCCAUUUAUUGAAAUUAAUAAUUUCUUUCAUAUAUUUUAUUAAAGAAUACGAGCAUAAAUGUACUGCGUUCCUCAGAUUAAUUUAUUUAAUUUAAAAAUAAAUAAUAUAUAUUUGACUUAAAAAUUGAGACAAUACAAGUAAUCUUUCCACACGUUAAAAAAAAUUAAAUAAUUGUCAAUUGUAGAGACCGUGUUUUAGAAUAAAAAUAAAAUGUAAUCUGUCCAAGUAGUUAUUUCAUCUGAAUCAUAUGAACAUAGUAGAUUGUUUUAGCCGAAACAAAUUAAUUAAAUUUACGUGACAAAUAAUUAAUUGGAUAGAUUAUUAUGUAAUCGGCUGAAUCUUAAGGAAUCACAUGUAAAAUUUGUUGGUUGACACUAUUCUCAUAGCGUAAGAAUGUAUUGUUAAAACUGUAAUUUUAAAUCCGACGGAUUGUAUCGUAUUAGGCGUAGAUUUUGCUAAAAUUGAUACAUUAUAUAAAAAAAUUUGCAUUUUAUAUAUCGAAAAGACGAUAUCCUAUAAGUACAUUGUAUUCCAUACUUUACGCUUGUAUUGUAACUCUAGUUGAUUUGAAGAAGUUAUAUUGCCAUUAUCUUUUAUAAGCCGAAGAUAAUUUUCUGAAAAA